ACUGUCUCAUCUACCUUAGAUGUCUCACUUGAUUAGCACUACACUGAUUGGAACUUUAUAGGUACAUUAGAGAAAUGUAAUACUAAAUGACUUGUCAUCUUUCUGUUCUAAUAUUCUCUCUUCAAAAUGGUUACUCUCUUGGACUUGGAAAUAGGAAAAGAAAAGAAGCACACUAGACAAAUGUUUAAUCAUCUUUUUGCAAUAUUAUUCAUCGUCAUCUUUCUGCAAACAUGCAAUGCUAGGAAGAGCAAACACUAUUGUGUCCCUUCUGCCUGUGGCCACAUCCAUAACAUAAGCUUCCCUUUUCGCUUAAACACCGAUCCACAAUAUUGCGGUUUUCCACUAUAUGAAUUAGCUUGUGAAAGUAACCAAACCAUUAUAUCCAAGACCAUUAUAUCCAAGAAGUGGUAUGUGCAAGCCAUCAAUUAUGGUAACAACACAAUUCACCUUGUAGAUCCAUCUUUACAAACACAAGAUAUGUGCUCUCUAAUACCUCUUCAUCUUACAUUCGACCAAUACAAUACUAAUAUCUUUCACUCAUAUUAUUAUCCUGAUGGAGUAACAGAGCCUAUUUUCAUGUUCAACUGUCCAUUUGCUAUAAACACGACCACCUCUACAUUUCUGGAAAUUACUGGCUGCAAAUUAAGCACACACACUUACUUAAAGAUUGGAGAAAUGAAUGCAUCUCAAGUCAGUGAUGGAUGCAGAGUGGAACUUGUAGCGCUAACCUCUUGGCCUAACAUUAAACAUAACAACAACAUUUCUCUUUCUGAUUUUCAUCAAGCAAUCAUCUAUGGGUUUGAGCUUCAAUAUUCUCUGGGAGAAAGGCUUGGUGUUACUCAACGGAAAUGGAUUCUCUGGGCCGUGAUGCUAGCUCAGUUUUUCACAAUGUAUUUGGGAGCAAGAUUUGUGAUCGGCCUACCCAUCAUAAUUGUAUUUCUGAUGUUCAAAUUCAAAAGGAGGCAUUUGUCCAUGUAUGAUAUGAUUGAAGGCUUUCUGCAGACACAAAACAAUUUCAUGCCAAUCAGAUAUAAUUACUCCCACAUAAAGAGAAUGACCAGAGGGUUCAAAGAGAAAUUAGGUGAGGGAGGUUUUGGCAAAGUAUAUAAAGGAAAACUUCGCAGUGGUAGGGAUGUAGCAGUGAAAAUGUUGAGCAAGCCUAAAGCUGGUGGCGGCCAAGAUUUCAUGAAUGAAAUAGCUACCAUUGGAAGGAUUCAUCAUGUGAAUGUAGUUGGACUCGUGGGGUAUUGUGUUGAGACAACAGAGCGCGCUCUUGUAUACGAUUUCAUGCCCAAUGGAUCACUUGAUAAGUACAUCGCCAGUCAAGAAGGAAGCCCUGUGUUAAGUUGGCAGAGGAAGUAUGAAAUUGUUGUUGGAGUGGCUCGAGGAAUUGAGUAUUUGCAUCGAGGCUGUGACAUACGAAUUUUGCACUUUGACAUCAAGCCUCACAACAUUCUUUUGGAUGAGAAUUUCAUCCCAAAGAUUUCUGACUUUGGACUUGCUAAACAAUAUCCAACGGAUAAUAGCAUUGUGACUCUUACAGCUGCUCGUGGAACGAUUGGAUAUGUAGCUCCAGAGUUGAUCAGCAGAAGCAUUGGAGCAAUAUCUUAUAAAGCUGAUGUUUACAGCUUUGGAAUGCUGCUAAUGGAAAUGUUGGACAUGAAGAGAAAUGUAGUUGCAAAUGAAGAAAACUCUAGCCAAUAUUUUCCAUCUUGGAUUUAUGAUAAGUUCAAAAGGGGGAAGGAAAUUGUGGUGGAUGAAGAAGCAAAUGAAGAUGAAAAGAAGAUAAGUAGAAAGAUGACUAUAGUUGCGUUAUGGUGCAUACAAACAAAUCCGGUACAGCGCCCUACAAUGAGUGAAGUAAUAGAAAUGCUUGAAGGUGAAGUUGAAGUGUUACAACUACCUCCUCAGCCUCUUCAAUCUCAACCAAUUGCUCCAUUGUUUCAUCAGAUGGAAAGUUCCAUUACAUUUUCGUCUGAUUCAAUGGCUUUGUUAGAAAAUGCUGCUGAUAAACCUGUUGAACUAGACACAUAUUAUGAUUGAUUCAUAGUUAAUGUAAUGUUUCUUGUAAAAUGACAUUCAAUGAAGUUUGUUGUACUAAUUAUGACAGGGUAGUUGCCAAUCA